AUGGCCAAGGCCGGCAGCAGCGGCGCAGCCCCCCAGCAGAGGGCGGGGGUCCCGGAGGGCCGGGACCCCUGGGAGCUGUCCCUGGAGGAGGUGCUGAAGUCCUACGAGCAGCCCAUCAAUGAGGAGCAGGCGUGGGCCGUGUGCUACCAGUGCUGCCGGGGGCUGGCGGGCGCGGAGGGGCGCUGGGGGCCGGCGGGCCGGAUCCGGGACACGGCGGACAUCCUGCUGCACAAGGAUGGGACGGUGACCGCCCGGGGGGAGCAGGGCUCGGCCGAGCUUCCCCUGACCCUGUCACCCUCAAUGGAAGCACAGAUGGUGCAGUCGCUGGGAUUUGCCAUUUACCGGGCGCUGGACUGGGGGCUGGACGAGAGUGAGGAGCGAGAACUGAGCCCCCAGCUGGAGAAGCUGAUCGACCUCAUGGCCAACAGCGACUCUGACGACAGCGGCUGCGGCAUGGCGGACGAGGGCUACGGGGGGCAGGAUGAAGAGGAGGAGGCUGUGGAGGGGCUCCCACGAGCAGUGCGCACCUUCGGGCAGGCCAUGAGGAUGUGCGCCGCUCGCCUGACGGCCCCCCAGGAGGCACAGCAACAUUACCAGGCUGUGUGCAGGGCCCUCUUCGUGGAGACGGUGGAGCUGAAGGCUUUUCUCAGCAAGAUCCGGGAAGCUAAGGAGAUGCUGAGGAAGCUGAGGGAACAGGAGGAGGAGCUGGAGGAGAGGUCGACGGAUGAGCUCGAUAACCUGCAGAACACAGACUGGGCCCGGCUGUGGGUGCAGCUGAUGCGGGAGCUACGCGACGGUGUGAAGCUGAAGAAAGUCCAGGAGAAGCAGUACAACCCCCUGCCCACCGAGUACCAGCUGACGCCCUUUGAAAUGCUGAUGCAGGACAUCCGAGCACGCAACUACAAGCUUCGCAAAGUCAUGGUGGAUGGUGACAUCCCCCCCAGGGUGAAGAAAGAUGCCCAUGAAUGCAUUCUGGAUUUUAUACGGUCACGGCCGCCACUGAAACAGGCGUCCGAGAGGCGGCUGCGCCCCAUGCCCCAGAAGCAGAGAACGCUCCACGAGAAGAUUCUGGAAGAAAUCAAACAAGAGAGAAAACUUCGCCCAGUCGAGACGCGCCGCCAGGGUCAGAAAGGUUUUGGCUCCCUGCCCUGCAUCCUUAAUGCCUGCUCCAGCGACGUGAAGUCAACCUCCUGCAUCAACCUCUCUGUACCUGACUCAAGCACCCCCGCCCAGCGCCUGCGGCCAAGGGUUCUGCUCAAGGCUCCGACGCUGGCCGAGAUGGAGGAGAUGAAUAUCUCCGAAGAGGAGGAGUCUCCAAGCGCUGAGAUGGGGAGGGAGCCUGGCUUAGGGCUCCCCCUGAAGCGUGAUCGUUCCUUCUCUGAACAGGACCUGGCCCAGUUCCAGAGCGAGAGGGGCACCAGCCAGCCCGAUUCAGGGUAUCUGGCACCACGGGAGUCUGAGCCAAGACCCCGCUCAGGUUCGUUCCCAGCCAGUUACCACCAGAUCCCACCUAGCGCUGGUCCACUCACGGCCGACUGCGGCUCUCUCGGGGCUGUGGAGGAAAGGUCAGAGGGCAGCUCCAGCUCCACCCCAGACAGCAGCUCCAAGCAUCUGUGGCUGGAGUUCAGCCACCCCGUGGAGAGCCUGGCCCUCACCGUGGAGGAGAUGAUGGACGUGCGCAGGGUGCUGGUAAAGGCCGAGAUGGAGAAAUUCCUCCCGAGCAAGGAAUUCUACAACAGCCUGAAGAAGGGGAAGAUAUGCUGCUGCUGCAGAACAAAGUUCCCUUUGUUUUCUUGGCCCCAAGCCUGUCUCUUCUGCAAGAGAUCCGUCUGCACCUCCUGCAGCCUGAAGAUUAAGAUGCCUUCGAAGAAGCUUGCUCACAUUCCCGUCUACGCCCUGGGCUUCGAGAACCUCCCCGGAUCUCUGAAUGCCAAAGCUCUGCUGCUGAGGAGGAGAGACGCCUUCCACUCCCUGCACUGGCGGAAGGUGGAAGCGGAGUUCCCCCACAUCUAUGCCCACGGCUCCAUCUUGAAGGACAUCUGCUGUGACUGCACCAGCUUCGUGACCGAUGUCAUCAGCUCGAGCCGGAAGAGCAUGGACAUCCUGAACGCCACGCCGCGCAAGGGCAGGAAGACGCAGUCCCUCUACAUCCAGCCCACCCACACUGCCAAACCCCAGUAA